AUGAGCGUAUUAGGCAGUGAAAUGUUAUUCUUUAAUGUUCAGAAUGGAUAUUUGGAGGGAAUUAUCAGGGGAUAUAAGGCGGGACUACUCACUCAAUCGAACUACUCAAACUUACAGCAGUGCGAUAACUUGGAGGACUUGAGAAUGCAAUUGAGUGCCACAGAUUAUGGCAACUUUCUAUCCAAUGAAACGCUUCCAUUGUCCACUUCCACAAUAUCACAGAAAUCAUCUCAAACGCUCGUCGAUGAGUUCAAUUACGUCAAAUCAAACGCAUCUGAGCCUCUAUCCACUUUUUUAGACUACAUGACUUACUCUUACAUGAUCGAUAACGUUAUUCUCCUUAUCACUGGCACUUUACAUGAACGAGACACCCACGAACUUCUCGAUAGGUGUCACCCACUCGGCAAAUUCGACGCUAUGUCCGCUCUCUGCGUAGCAACCAAUGUAGAAGAGCUUUAUCAAUCUGUACUCGUUGAAACCCCUCUAGCUCCGUACUUCAGAAGCUGCCUAAGUGCAUCUGAUUUGGAUGACUUGAAUAUCGAAAUUAUAAGAAAUUCAGUCUACAAAGCGUAUUUGGAAGACUUUUACGACUUUUCUCAAUCAUUAGGUGAUCCGACUGCGUCUAUUAUGGCUAAAUUACUCUCAUUUGAAGCUGACAGGAGAUCAAUAAACAUCACGCUCAACAGCUUUAAUACAGAGUUGACAAAGGAAAUGCGCAACUCUUUAUAUCCUCAAUUUGGUAGAUUAUACCCUGCAGGCACCUAUGCACUAGCUAGAGCUGAAGAUUUUGAUCAAGUCAGAGCAGCUUGUGAGUUUAUUCCGGAGUAUUACCACAUGUUUGAUGGAUUCUCGUCGAAUAACACGGACAGCGAUCACAAUAACUCGCUCGAAGAUAGAUUUUUUGCUCAUGAUGUCCUUCUUAACAAGGAAACAUUCCUCCAGCAAUUCAAUUACGCACCAUUCUACAGCUAUUUCAAACUUAAGGAGCAGGAAGUGAGGAAUAUCGUUUGGCUGUCUGAGUGUAUAGCCCAGUCAGCUCCACAGGAGAGGAGAGCUGUACCCACCAUCUUCUAA